AUGGCCAAUGACAGCGGCGGGUCCGGCGGGCCGAGCCCGAGCGAGCGAGACCGGCAGUACUGCGAGCUGUGCGGGAAGAUGGAGAACCUGCUGCGCUGUAGCCGCUGCCGCAGCUCCUUCUACUGCAGCAAGGAGCAUCAGCGCCAGGACUGGAAGAAGCACAAGCUCGUGUGCCAGGUCGGCGAGAACGUUCCUGCCCCCGGCACGGGCCAACCGCAGCAGCCAGGCCGCGCGCCGCCGCCCAGGGCCGCCGGAGCCAGGGAGGCCAGGAAGGCGGCGCCGCGCCGGGACCGAGCCGUCGAGGCCGCGGGCCCGCGGGCCUCCGGAGACGCGGCCAAGGCGAAGGCGAAGGCCAAGCCCAUGGCCGACCCCGUGGCGGCCGCGUCCCCACCCUGCGCGGCCCCCGGCGGUCAGGGUCAGGUAGCGGCGGCCGCCGAGGCGGAGUCCGCGAAGGAGGAGCUCCUGGCCCGCCCGUCGCUGUACCAGGAGAAGGCGAACCUGUACCUGACGAGUAACGCGUCGGGCGAGGGCCUGAGCCACGGCGGCCUGCGGCCCAACGGGCAGACGAAGCCGAUGCUGGCACUGAAGCUGGCGCUGGAGUACAUCGUGCCCUGCAUGAACAAGCACGGCAUCUGCGUGGUGGACGACUUCCUGGGCAAGGAGACCGGCCAGCAGAUCGGCGACGAGGUGCGCGCCCUGCACGACACGGGCAAGUUCACGGACGGGCAGCUGGUCAGCCAGAAGAGCAACUCGUCCAAGGACAUCCGAGGCGAUAAGGUCACCUUGAUCGAGGGCAAGGAGCCCGGCUGCGAAACCAUCGGGCUGCUCAUGAACAACAUGGACGACCUGAUCCGCCACUGUAACGGGAAGCUGGGCAACUACAAAAUCAAUGGCCGGAUGAAAGCCAUGGUUGCUUGCUAUCCUGGCAAUGGAACAGGUUACGUACGUCAUGUCGCUAGUCCAAAUGGAGAUGGAAGAUGUGUGACAUGUAAGACUGGGAUGCCAAAGUAA